UCGUGGUGGGAUGACGUGAAGCAGUGGCUGAAGCGCUUCCGAAAUCAGGAGAACCGUGGAGACGACGAGCAGAAGUUGCGCUGGACGCAACACUCCAGUCAGCAACUGGCGCUGAUGGCCAAGCUCCGAUCCACUGGCCACGCGGUUUUUACUACAUUCAUCCCCGCCGGUGUUGCCAGCCCUUGCCUCCUGGAUGACGAGGGCAUAAUCGUAUGGGCAGAGCCGUCCCCAUAUCAUACGUUGUCGGAGCGUGACAUCAUCAUUUCAAUUGGCGGCUGCGCCGAGGUCAGCAACUCCAAUAUCACUCGCCGCAAUGCCCCUCGCUAUCUGACUAUCGGCCGCUUCCAGGAGACCACUUCUACGAUCAGCGAGGCUACGGACGAGUUUAUGCCUGAUGACCCGCAGCAGCCCCUGAUUGACGUGAUCAACAACAACACCCUCAUCGCGUUGCUGUUCAGCGGCUAUGUAUGCGGAGUAUGCGUCAGGAGCACCAAAACGCUGCGCCCUUUUCACGGCAUUCAACUCUGCGCCGUCCACCGCAACCAAAUCAGCCGGAAGCAACCACCUGGCGAGUGCGUCGAUUUCAAAACCCAUGGUCUCUUGCGACUCACGCAUACUCAGCCAAGCGACUGUCAUGCCUGCACGGCCAUCAUUGUCCGGCAGCUCACCGGCCGCGGCGGCUCCAUGAAUGAGCUACAGAUGCGAAUCAUGUCAACCAGAAAAGUGCUCUUCAACAACCCGGCGCCCGAGGAAAUGCAAGUAGAUGUGCACGAUGCGGCCGUCUAUGUCCUGAACGGCCCGCGUCGAGCAGCCAGGAAGCUCAUCCAGAAGCGACACUACGGAUCGCGCUAUCGAUCCUACGACACCGGGUCCAGGGACUCGUACCAAGCGCGUGGCUGGGAUGCGUGGAAUAAUGGCUCGUCCAAUCGCCCCUACGUUGCUGACCCGAAAAUGUCUGCCCGUUUCAAGCCAUGGUUGAAGUGUUGCGUGGCCACCUCCAGCCAUUCCCACAAGGGACGCGGAUUUCUGCCCACCUAUCGAGUCUACGAUUCUUCCAACGAUUUC